UGGACAAAAGGUAUGAUACCUUAUGGGUACCAUAUAAUCUACCUAAAUUAAAAUUAAUUAAAUCAACCCAACUUGUUAAAAUUGAUACAAUUCUAAUUUUGAUACAGAUCUCCAAAAGAAAAUUAAAACAGGUAGAACACGAAUGCUCCAACAUCACAACCCCGAAGUCUCUCUUCCCACUCUCUCUCUGUUUGGUUUUGCUGGGCUCCGCCGCCUCGUCCUUUUGCAUCCACCUAUGUGAGUUAGGUGGUUGCUUUAAUGACGACUUUAUGUGAUAUUCAUUCAUAACUAGCUGUUUUCCUCUGUGUGGAACCACAGGUUGCUGUUGAGGCUCCAAUUCUAUUCUUAUCUUUCUAUAUGUUAGCUUUCUGUUCUUAAAGGGGGAAGAAGAGGGCGUUUGUUUGUAUUCUUGUCCUACAAAUCUAGAAAUUCUUUCUUUUGCUAACUCCUAAAAGUUGGAAACUUUGCUUGGAAUUGGUGGUUCUUGAAAGCGUAGCUGUAGAGAGUUGGAUACAUACUCUUAUUCCACUGAUUCUUUUCAAGUUUACUUUCUCCCUGCAGCAGUUGGCUAUAAGUUGUUGUCAGGAUCACUGAAUAACGACCCCUUACCUAUCUCUAUGGGAAGUGAUACCACUGAAGCUGCGGAUGCACCCCCAUCUCCUCAAUCCAUUAAGGUGCAUCUUCAAACGUGCACUGAGCUUAUAAAGUUUGUAAGUAGAGCCUCAAAAAUACUUCCAGAAAUAGAAGCAUCCCGACCGCGAUGCAGUUCUGGAUUAGAGUCGCUUUGCAUAUUCAACAAUGCUAUUGUCACAGCCAAGUCGAUACUUCAGUACUGCAGUGAAUCUAGUAAGCUCUAUCUGGCUCUAACAGGAGAUGCCAUCCUCUCAAGAUGCAAAAAGUCAACAAAGUUGUUGGAGCAAAGCUUAAGCGAGAUGCAAUAUAUGGUUCCCGUUAUGCUGGCUGCAGAGAUCUCUCUAUUAGUUGCUGAUCUAAGAGGAGCAAGAUUUAGCUUGGAGCCUUCUGAAGAGGAAGCCGGGAAUGUUCUCAAAGAUUUACUUCAUGAAUACAUGUAUGAAUCUGGCCCCACCACAGACAACACACUAAAAUCGAUCCGAGUUGCAAUGUUGAUGCUUAACAUAACCACCCCGAAAGCUCUUCUCAUUGAAAAAAGAUCCAUCAGAUCGCUUCUGGACAAAGUCAAUGAUUCUGAACAGUCAAAGAAGAAGAUUCUCUACUUCUUUCUAAACCUUCUCAACAAAUACGCAAAAAGAAUUCUUAAAGAUAAAUCAGACUAUGACUCUGUACCAAAACAUGAAGAUCCUUUACCCACAUCAAAUGAGGAACCUCCUGAUGAAUUGAGAUGUCCUAUAUCGUCAAGAUUAAUGUACGAUCCUGUCGUGAUUGCUUCUGGAGAGACAUAUGAGAGGAUGUGGAUACAAAGAUGGUUUGAUGAAGGUCAUGCCACCUGUCCAAAGACCGGAAAGACAUUGUCCCACUUUUCGUUGACCCCCAAUAACUCUAUGAAGGAUUUGAUAUCAAAAUGGUGUGCAAAAAGUGGGGCCGCCUCUUCUAAGCCUAAUAUGCGGGCCGUGCGACCUGACACGUGGGAAAUCUCAUCCGUUUCAAUAGAUAGCUUGGGAAGUUCAAUGAAUGAUCUCAGGCUUCCAAGUGAUUUUACCAAUUCAUCCCUUGGCUCUUCGGAUUCCUUGAGUCCUACGAGCCCACCCAAGUAUGCCAAUGUGAUUUCCCCGAUUUGUCCCUUGGAGUCAUUGUACGGUCUGGAAUUGCUUUCCUGGGAAUCUCAAAGCAUAGUUGUUAAAAAUGUUGAGGAAGUUUUGAAACAUGAGGAUGCUGAUCAAGGCUUGAAGAAGACGACGUGUUAUGAGAAGUUUGUUGGCCCGUUGAUGAGGUUCUUGAACAAUGCACACGAGUCACAGGAUGGGAAGGCCCAGAUCUUGGGAUGUCAGUUGCUGUCAACGUUCCUAAAGAAAUUCAGUAGUAGUGCCACCCGGUGCUUGGAUGACAAUGCAUAUGAACUGUUGGUGUCAUUUCUUACAACAGAGGCCUCCAGGGAAGCUCUCUCCAUCUUAGAAACACUAUCCUCUUAUAACCACUGCCAGUACAAGAUUGCGGCUUCCUGUGCACUUGGCCUCAUUGACAUGUUAAACUCCGAAAACAGAGAUUUAUUGGAGACCUCAUUUAAAAUCAUCUACAACUUAUCCGGAAACGACAACAUCCGCCCGUUAUUUGAAAUCUCAAAGUUAAUCCAGGGACUGGUACCACUCUUCAAAGACACAUACUUGGCGAGACAAUCUCUUAGCAUCUUGAAAAACUUAUGCAGCAGUGAAGAUGCGAGACUUUAUGUUGCCAAAACUGACGGGUGCUUCACUUCUGUUGUGAAGGUGUUAGAGAGUGAUGAUGCAGAGGACCAAGAACACGCUUUAGCGGUCCUUCUUUCUUUGUGCUCCCAGAGAUCUCAAUAUCGUGAAUUGGUUAUGUCUGAAGGUGGUAUUCCUGAUCUGUUCUCUAUAUCUAUCAAUGGGAGUACCAAAGGGAAGAUGAUGGCUUCAGAAUUACUAAGGAUCUUGAGAGAUGAAUUCCAAGAGGCUGCUGUAGAGACUACCCCACCCGAUAUUGAUGUCGUUGUAUAUGGUGCCAAUAAUUCUAUGGAGAGAGGGAGAGAAUUGCCAGCCAAGGGGAGGGGUAUUCUCGGAAAAUUGUUUUACAAAAUCAGCCCUGCUAUGAAAAGGAAAAAGUAAAAAAGUUGGAUCCUUUGUUAUUUACACCUACUAACCUAUGUCACUUCGUGAAGAAAAUAGGUCAUUGUGAUAUCAAGAACCCAUUUUCUUCACGAAGUGACUGAAUACACUAAGUUGGACAUGUGAUUAAUGAUUGGGCGCUACAAAUCCCAUGGAAAGAAAAUAGGUCACUUUGCAAAGAAAACAGGUCAUUGUUUCACAAAUAUCCGUGAGGUGUAUUCUUCUCAAAGUGCCAUGGUACACUUGGUGGGACCUGGGAUUCGGUUCUUGACUAACAUUGGUCAGGAUUAACAUAUAAGGAUGCAAGGCCGCGUUUGGUGGCUCAUGCAAUCCUCGCUAACGUAUUGUCUGUUGUAGAAAGUCGGAUAUGAUGAUAGUACUAAUUUAAAGAGUAGGCCGUGUUGGUAUUGUUAUAUAUCAAUAUACAGUUUUGCCUAAGAGGGUUUGGUUUGAUUCGUAGAAGAUAUUCUGGGGUAAUAAUAGGUUUAGAUAAGAAUAUUGAGUACAUUAUAUUUUUUGUGUAUUUGUAGUAGGUGUAAAAUCUCUGUAGAGUUUGUUGAUUGUAUACUUCUGUUUCUUUUCCCUACAUAUGUUAAUUCGUAGGGACUUGAUGUAAUGAACUAUCAUGAACACCUAGUAUUGUAUAAAUUUUACAUAAAAUAAACAAUCAAA